AUGCCAGGAUCAAAGAUCAGGGUACUACUGCUGGACUCCUACACCACGAGUGUUGUGUCGUUGAAUUGUACACAGUCUGAGCUGCUACAGCACGAUAUCUACUUGAUUAAUCGUAUCGACAACGCGAACCGGGAUAAGAUGAGACACCUCAAGUGCAUUUGCUACCUUAAGCCAUGCGAUGAGUCUAUCAACUGCCUGCUUGAGGAGUUGCGCAAUCCCAAGUACUCGUCCUAUGAGUUGUACUUCAACAAUGCCCUGAGCAAGUCGCAGCUGGAGAGGCUGGCGGAGAGCGAUGACCUGGAGGUUGUGACGAAAGUGGAGGAACUGUUCCAGGAUUAUCUCACUGUAGACAAGACCUUGUACUCCUUAGCACUUCAGGCACCGAAGAAUAGGAUCUAUGGAGAUUCAAUGGGCACAUGGCAAGGAUCGUCAUUCAACACAUGUACGCAGGGGUUGCUCUCACUGUUGUUGUCCUUGAAGUUGAAGCCGGUGAUUAGGUACGAGGCCAACAGUAAGAUGGGCUCAAAAUUGGCGAAGGAGAUCUUGUACAACGUUGAAAAGACCAACAGUUCGUUGUUUGACUUCAAGUUGAGGGAUUCCCCGCCUCUGCUGCUCAUACUGGAUCGAAAGAACGAUCCAAUCACACCACUGUUGACGCCCUGGACCUUCCAAUCCAUGGUUCAUGAACUCAUAGGCAUCGAAAACAACACUGUGGAUCUGGCCAACGUCCCCGGGAUCUCGCAAGACCUGAAGAAGAUUGUACUCAGCUCAAGGCAGGACAAGUUCUACCAAGAGUCCAUGUACCUCAACUUUGGAGAUUUGAGUGAUAAGAUCAAAGACUACGUGUCUCAGUACAAAUCAAAGACCAAGUCUUCCAAGGACAUCAACUCCAUAGAGGACAUGAAGAAGUUCAUCGAGGAGUUCCCAGAGUUCAAGAAGCUAUCCGGCAACGUGUCCAAGCACAUGACAUUGGCAUCGGAAUUGGAUAGACGUAUCAACAGAGGAAGACUCUGGGAAGUCAGCGAAUUGGAGCAGAACAUGUCAUGCCAUGAUCAACAUAACUCGGACCUCCAGGAAUUGGAAACAUUGCUGCUGAACAGACAAACAGAUCCUCAAAAGCAAGUCAAACCUAUCCCUGACGAUACGAAAGUUCGUCUUGUCGCCAUAUACGCAUUGCGUUAUGAGUCGAACUCCAAUAACCAAACCACCCGUCUUAAGAACCUGCUCAAAGAGCAGGGAAUCCCACUCUACAAGAUUGCUAUCAUCGACACGCUUCUACAGAUGAGUGGCUCACGUUCACGUCUCGAUGACGGCCAGUCCAUCUUUGACAAGGCAACUUCGAACCUGAUCACCGGGUUCAAGACCUCACACGCUACUGAUAACCUCUUCAUGCAACACGUUCCAAGGCUGGAGAACGUGCUGAGCAGAGCUGCCAGGGGUAAAUUGAACGAAAGUCUGUACCCAAUAUUGAACCCAUACGGUAGUUCUUUACCUAUUUCGAGCCAGGAUAAGGCUCAAGACAUUGUUGUGUUCUUUGUUGGUGGUGCCACGUAUGAAGAGGCUCGAAUCGUACACUCGUUGAACGAGCUCAACAAGGGAAUACGCAUUGUGCUUGGAGGAACCACUAUACACAACUCAAAGAGCUUUAUGGAUGACAUCGAAGAUGCUGGCGACAGAUGGCCAAAACCAACUGCAGAGCAAAGACUACAUCAGAGGGUACAGUUGUAG